AUGGCGUCGGAUCACGGCCGGCCUUCAACCGACCGCUCUCGUAGUGACUACCCAGGAUCCGACUCGGGCUACGCAAACGAUAGGAACUGGCAGAAUGGGGGUUCAAGAACGCCAGAUAGUACCUAUCACCUCAAGCCCACCAAUUCUGGCUCUAGCAUGCCUGGAGCUUUCCCAGGAACCUGGACUGACGAACCUCAGCCCCGCAAGAGCGGGGAGAGGAAUCGAUCGCGACAAAGAAACGGGCGUACUGCCAGUGGCCAGUUGAGGAUCUGCAAAAAGUGCGGAGAGCCAUUGACUGGCCAAUUUGUUCGAGCCCUGGAUGGUACCUUUCAUUUGGAUUGCUUCAAGUGCCGCUGUGGAGGAGCCCUGCGAGGGUCCUACAUCACUGCCCUGGAUAGAAAGUACCACGUCGAUCAUUUCACUUGCUCGCUUUGCUCGACAGUUUUUGGAGCCCAAGACAGCUACUAUGAACAUGAUGGACACGUCUACUGCCAUUACCAUUACUCAACUCAGUUUGCCCAACGGUGCAAUGGUUGUCAAACAGCCAUCCUAAAGCAAUUUGUGGAAAUAUUCCGCAAUGGCCAAAAUCAGCACUGGCACCCGGAAUGUUACAUGAUUCAUAAAUUCUGGAAUGUCCGCCUGGGCCAACCGAGUGAUACGCCAGAAGAACCCCCGCCAGAACCAAAGGACGAUGCCGCCAGGGAACGAAUCCGGACUGACGAAGAGCGAAUGGAAGAAAAGGUUUACCGCAUUUGGAGCGUUCUUUCAACGUUUGAAGAGUCCUCUGCAGCGUGCAUUUCGGAUAUGCUCCUCCACGUCAGCAACGGAGCUUAUGUUGACGGCGUCCUUGUAGCGAAGCGUUUCAUAUGGCAUGUCGAAGUCCUCUUCCAGUCAGCAGAUAGACUUGACCGAAUGGUACUAUCACACAGCAAAAAGGGCCUAUCAUAUGGACGCGAAGCCAAACUACUCUGCAAAAAGAUUGUCUCAUUCUUUUCAUUGCUAUCAAAAGCCCAAGACACAAGCGUCCGAAAACUUGGUGUUACGCAGGAACUUCUGUCUCUUGUUACCGGCUUAGCUCAUUACCUCAAACUUUUGAUCAGAAUCUGUCUCCAGGGAGCGUUGCGCCUGGAACGAGAUGACGGGGUGCAUGGCGGGCUUGAUCAGCUUCUCAAUGACCUCAACGACUUCGAGACGUACAAGACCGAUGAAAGUCUAAUGCAACUAACAAUGGGAGGUGCAAACCUCUCCGCCAAAGACUCCGAUCAUUGUGUCUUUUGUAAGCGUUCGAUCGAGGAUGAAUGCGCCAAGAAUGGUGAAUUACGAUGGCAUCUUGCGUGCGUCAAGUGCGGUCGAUGUGGAAAAGAACUAGGGAGGUCUCUUGGAGAAGCACGACACAAUGCAUUUGACGGGAAGGUAUACUGCAAUAAUUGCGUCGCGGUCAAUACGGAUGGUGAAGUACCAUUCGAGCACGUUACAAAACUCGGACAAUACAUUUUUCUGUUAAAGGUGGCCCUGGCUCGACUAUUAGACAUUCUUCGCAGCAAUGGCACACUGCCGUAUAUGGCAGGAGAUAUCCAAGCCGCCGCUGCAAACAACAAACCAGGCGCGCCGCCGUUCCUUGCGUCGGAUGCCAGAUCGAAGUCAUAUGCAGGGACGGGAGAGAAAGAAAACAAUCACCGCGAAUCGACAUACGAAAAUACACUCAAUGAGGUGCGACGCUUGCGAAGUACCCGCCUUGAUCGCCAUUUAUCCACGAGUGUUCGCCAGGCACGAUCCUCUCGCGUUAUGGAUGCCGAUGGGAAAGGUCCUCGACCAAGUUCGGCUGGAGCCGAUGAACUGAGGAACGACUUGCAAGGCUCGACAGACUUGAUGUUUGGGCAGAAUGAUGCCAUCACAUUGGACGAUAUUCCCCGUAUCGUUGCUGUGGAGCAAUCUCGGGAGCAACAACAGCGUGACCGAGACGCUCGUCAAGAUCUAUUCCGUGGUCCCGGAAUCGACGGUAUUCGCCCUCCAGGCCAUCAAAGAACUCAAUCUGCUGGGAGAGACCCUGAUAUUCGUGCUGCCGAGGCCAUCCCCACACGUAUGGUUCGCAAGUUCUUCCCUGAGCUAUCCGGCCUGGAGUACUUUAACGUCCGGCACUUGGCCGUGUUAACAAUGCACCCCUUGGUUGAGCAAGAGUUUACGCUCGACGAGUUACUAAAUUUUAUUGAAUCACGUAAACAACCAACAUUCUGGAAGAACCUUGGUAAGGCAUUUAAGAACGACAAAAACAAGAAUAUAAAAAAGAAGGGCGUUUUUGGAGUCCCCUUGGAAAUCAUUAUCGAACGAGACGGCGCCGACUCGACUGAUGGCGUUGGUCCCGGGACCCUUCGGAUUCCUGCAAUUGUGGAUGACAUUAUUGCUUCAAUGCGCAAGAUGGACCUGUCGGUUGAAGGUGUGUUCCGAAAGAACGGCAAUAUCAAGAAGCAGCAGGCAUUGGUCGAAAAGAUCAACCAGGAGGGCUGUGACGUUGUUAAUUUCAUGGAGCAGCCUGUUGUUCAACUGGCAGCGCUACUCAAGCGGUACCUUCGAGAUCUCCCCGACCCUCUCAUGACGCACAAGUUGUACAGCCUCUGGAUCGCUGUGGCAAAGCUCCCGGAUUUAGAGAGGAGAAAGCAGUGUCUUCACCUGACUUGCUGCCUCUUGCCAAAGAGUCAUCGUGAUAGUCUUGAGAUUUUAUUUUCCUUUUUGAAGUGGGCUGGAUCUUUUCACCAACUUGACGAUGAUGUCGGAUCCAAGAUGGACAUCAGAAAUCUUGCCACGGUCAUCGCACCGAAUAUCUUGACAAACCCAAACAAAGCCCCCGCUUUGGAUGGUGAGGCUAUAUAUGUCAUAGACGCUGUGGAAAUGCUUAUCAACAAUAUCGAGGAGAUGUGUCAGGUCCCUGACGAUUUAUUAACAUUACUCAACGACCCUUUCAUCUUCAGCAACAGCGGGGAGAUCACGACAAAGGAGAUCCUCAAACGAUUCCAAGAUCGCAGGGACCAACUGCCAGCUGUUGACACCAGUGAAGUUUACAAUAGACAGGAUGUGUCAACCCGAUCUCCUCCUAAGCGGGUGGAAACCGACCCGUCCAUUUGGCAAGGUGAAAGAACAGUACGCCGAGUCCAAGAUCCUUCGGCGCUACCAGUCAACCCAGGCCAGGCGACACCACCCCAAAGAUGGCCGGGCCCAGGGGACCAUGCUCGAGGACCGUACAAUCCUAGGCUGAACCACUCUGACAGCCAUCUGGAUGAUGCGGACGUCCAGCGCGGUGAUUGGCGCAACUCCGCCUGGGGCCGUCGGGGCGGUGGCCUCGGUGUUGGUGGGAAUAUAUGA